UCAGGCAAUUUUUCUCGUCCGGCAGCGUGGUCGCUUAUCGUGAGCAAAUACACAAAAAACACACACUCAUCGAAACUUAUUCGAUUUGUUUUUAUUCCAAUUUGCUAUUAAAUUAGAAAAAAAAUGACUCAAACUAUCGUCGGCGAUAAACUAGAAGAAGAAGUGAAAAUUGAAGAUCAAGGAAGUGGAUCUGAAGAAUCUGACGAUGAUUCUGAUGCAGUUGAAGGCAAUGAAGUAAGCAAUGAUAUUGUAACAGAGGACAAUUUGGCUGCUGCCGCUGCCAAUAUCUUAUCACAAGAGGAUGCUGGUUCAAAAGGCAAACAAUCUCGUAGCGAGAAAAAAGCUCGUAAAGCUAUGUCAAAACUUGGUCUUAAAUUGAUUCCGGGCAUCAAUCGUGUGGCCAUAAGAAAAUCGAAAAACAUUCUUUUUGUUAUUAACAAACCAGACGUUUAUAAAUCUCCUGCAAGUGAUACUUAUAUAAUAUUUGGCGAAGCUAAAAUUGAAGAUCUUAGCCAAAAAGCACAGAUGGCUGCAGCCGAAAAAUUUAAAGCACCAGAAGGAAUCGCUGCUGGUCUUUCGGGUACUGAUGGUCAACCAGGUUCCGCUGGUGAAAAUAUUGCCACAGCAACCAUACCCGAAGAAGAAGAAGAAGGUGAAAUUGAUAUGACCGGAAUUGAAGAGAAAGAUAUCGAAUUGGUCAUAUCACAGACAGGUGUUACAAGAACCAAAGCUAUAAAAGCUCUUCGUAAUCACGAUAAUGAUAUUGUCAACGCUAUCCUGGAAUUGACUACAUAGAUUAGCAUAACAUCUUAAGAGGAAAACAUUCAACAACUAUUUGUAGUUAUCUUAUUAAUAAUUUCCGAAAAAAGGAUUUAUAUGCUUAUGAACAACGGUCUAAAAACCAAUUCAAUUGUUUUAUGUAAAACUGAAUAAAAACAUUUAUCUAAU